GUCCUUUUCCCGCUGUAUUCUCUUCUGCCAAAUAAAACAUCACCUCGUUGAACAACUCCAACCACAGCCUUCCCAUCCUCCUCAUGACCUUGGAAAGGGUACUUCCAAUCAAAUUGUGGCAAGAAAACAAAGUAUAGUCACGGGAUACUCUGCCUAAAUGAGACAUGUUACCCCUUUUUUUUUAUGCACGCAAAUAAGUAAACAAAAAUUGCAAUAGUAAAUGUAGCAUGGUACAUUGCCUUAUUCCUGAUUCAGAUCUCACUACCAUCAUUGCGAAGAACAUCAUUUCGUAAGAAGUAUCGACUGCUAAAUAUCGUCGUAAUCCAACCGACGAUCGUGAUACCGAAGAUUGCCUUAUUGAUUCCGCAUCAUCAAAAAGUUUGAUUUGCGAUUUGUGAGUCAUGUGAUGCGGUAGGAAGCCAACAAAAAAGAAGCUGAAGGGGGAGAGAAAGUAGUGUCUCGUAGUUUGCAUGUGAUGCAGUUUUUGCCUCAUUUGGCAGUACUUACCCGGACUUAAUGUUAUAAGGACAGCUUCUCACCGCAUGCAAAGCAGGAAAAACAGCAGGCUAAAGCUUAGCUCCAAACAUAGAAGAAGAAGAAGGAGAGUGAUAGUCUCUUCUUUCCUUUCAUUCUUCUGUAUAGUUCCAUAUUCGAUCAAACUCGAUACAGCACUGCAGAGUAGUGGAGGAGAUGGGAAAAGGAAUGUUGUUUGCUGCAAUUGGUUUCCUUCUUCUCAACUUCCUGAUCGUCCACAAUGGUGCGACUAUCACCGGCGAGGCGCCGGCGCCGACGCCCCAACCCAACGGCGGCCUGUCCUCUGUUGGGACUACUGAGGGCAGCCUUCAGCCGCAAGAAUGUGGAGGGCGGUGCGACUCGAGGUGCUCGAGGACGCAGUACAAGAAGCCGUGCUUGUUCUUCUGCCGGAAGUGCUGCGCCAAGUGCCUCUGCGUCCCUUCUGGGUUUUACGGCAACAAGCAAUCCUGCCCUUGCUACAACAACUGGAAAACCAAGCGAGGAGGACCCAAAUGCCCUUGAUUUUCCCUUCAUAUACUCUUGAUCAAAGAACAAAGGCAAAUGGGAACAUCUAAUUCAAUUUAUCUUGUAAUGGUGAAGUCUGAAAGGUAGUGUGUGUGUGUAUUUGGAAAUGAGGUUUUUUUCCAAUUGCAUUAUUGUUUUGUGUGAUGAUUGGGGAUUGUAAAUGGAACAAAGCAAGAAAUUUGGGUUUGAAGAAAUUGGUCAUAUGGGCUUUCAUUGUAGGAGCUUACUAACGGAGGUAUGGGCUUGAGCCCAACAGCUUCCAUGUCUUGCCUCUUCUGUAGCGAAUGAGUGAUAAUUAGCAUAGUUAGUAAAUACUCCGUUUAAUACACGUAUAUGUACUCGUACGUAUUUUAUCCGUUUAAAACUUCUGUAUCCGUAUUAUUGUCAAGCCGUUUCAUUUUUUACCGUUCAUUUGAUGGCUCCUGUACAAAAUACGUAUAAAACCCAUAUAACACGUUUAAUAUCCUGUUGUCAAAAAAAAAACGUUUAAUAUCCGUAUUUAAUGAUUUAUAUUGUCAACUUUACUAUUAUUUAUAUAUUUAUUUAUUUUAAAAAUAAUUUAUUUUCAUAUAUUUAUGACUAUUAACGUACUAUUAAACGUAACUUAGUUUAGAGACAAAGUAAAAUACCCGUACGUAUUUUAUGCGUAACUUUCCCGUAUCGUAUUUUACUAACUAUGAUAAUUAGGGAUACAAAUUAAUAUAAGUGAUCGCGAUUAUAAGUUGGAAUGGAAAAGUCAACUGUAACUGCAAUGUACUUUUCUAGAAUAUCAACGACAGCAGGCUUGAUUGAUUGAGUAUAUAAGAUGGGAAUGGGAAUCAAAAAGGCCUGCAUAAUAAUUUAAUUGACAGAUAAGUAGUCUUGGUUAUAAGUUGUGAGUAGAAAGGUCAACUACUCAACUGUAUGGUUUUACUUCAUCAUUAGCAUUAUAAGGCGGUUGCACAUGUAUGUCUUUUGUCACUUCAAUUCUUUUUUAAACCAUUUUUUUUGUUAAGGAUGAUAUAGAUUUUAUUAAAGAAAAGGAAUUCUUUUUUAAACCAUUAGUUUGUACCACUAAUUCGUAUUAAAUAGGAUCGUAAUUG